AUGAGGACGGACAACCUGACCUGGGUGAGUGAGUUUGUCCUAAUGGGACUCUCCAGGGACAGGCAGAUACAGGCUGGACUCUUUGUCCUGUUUGGGGCCGCCUAUCUGCUGACCUUGCUGGGCAACGGGCUCAUCAUCCUCCUGAUCUGGCUGGACGCCCGCCUCCACCUGCCCAUGUACUUCUUCCUCUGCCACCUCUCCGUAGUGGACAUCUGCUACACCACCAGCGGGGUCCCCCAGAUGCUGGCGCACUUCCUCCUGUAGAAGAAGGCCAUCUCCUUCACCCGAUGUGGAACCCAGCACUUCUUCUCCCUGACCCUGGGGGGGACUGAGUUCCUGCUGCUGGCAGCAAUGGCCUAUGACCGCUACGUGGCCGUCUGUGACCCCCCGCGCUACGCGGCAGUGAUGGGCCCCAGGCUCUGCACUCCAGGGCUGGCAGCGGCCUCUUGGCUGGUGGGCCUGGUUAAUGCUGUGGUGGAGACCGCCUUCGCCUUGCGUCUGCCCACUUGCGGGCGCCACGUGUUGAACCAUGUGGCCUGCGAGACAAUGGCACUCGUCAGGUUGGCCUGCGUGGACAUCACCCUCAACCAAGCGGUCAUAGUGGCCUCCAGCGUGGUGGUGCUGCUGGUGCCCUGCUGCCUGGUCGCACUGUCCUAUGCCUACAUCAUGGCCGCCAUUCUGCGGAUUCGCUCCACCGGGGGACGCCGCAAAGCCUUCAGGACCUGCGCCUCCCACCUCACUGUGGUCUCCAUGUCUUACGGGACAGCCCUGGUCACCCACAUGCAGCCCGGCUCCACAGUGUCAGCCGAGCAGGACAAGACGGUGGUGCUGUUUUACGCUGUGGUGACCCCCAUGUUGAAUCCGCUCAUCUACAGCCUCAGGAACAAAGAGAUGAAAGCUGCUUUGACUCGGGUUCUGAUGAGGAGCUCUGAAUCAAAGCAGUAG